AGGAGGAGGAGGGGGGGGGAGGAGGAGCCCGCGCUCCUCCGCCGUGAUAACAGGCUGCAGAGCUGGGCUCUGUUAUCUUCCGUUCCCCGCCGUCCGAGCAGCGGUCCCUCGCCCCCGGACCUCCGCCGGGAUUUAAUUUUGAAAUUCUCCGCAAACUUCACCGGGAGGCUGCCGCGCUCCUCCCAUGGUGGCCCCGGGAGACUCCCGCGGCACUCACUCGACUCGACGGCAACUAUCGGCGGCCGCGCUGCGGCGCUGAACACCAUGGAAGCGUGGACCCCGAGGCACGUCCCCGGCCCGUCCCGGUCCGCCCUGCCGCCGCCGCCGCUGCUGCUGCUGCUGCUGCUGGUGGCGCUGCCGCGGCCCCUGGGCGCCGGGGCCCCCGGCGACAGCAACAACAGCUCGGACGCCGGACUUCACCACUCCACCGCCGGAGCCGAGCUCCUCGUCCCUGCGGAGAGCAACGCCACAUCCAGCUCCUCAUCCAGCGAGAGUCUGUCCCCAUCGCAGAGGAACGUCCUGCUCACGCACGCCGCGGAGACGCACACGGCCCCCGGGAGAAACUUCGACACCGAGCAAACACAAACCGCCACAGAAACAAGCAGCAGAUCACUAGAGACCAGUCUGUCAACUGAGCCGCUCACCUCCACCCUUGCUGGAGCCACCACUGAGGCCAGCGGUAGAAGCAGCAGUAGCGGCAGCAGCAUCACCAGCAGCAUCAGCAGCAGCAUCACCAGCAGCAGCAUCAGCAGCAGUAGUAUCAGCAGCAGCAGCAGCAGCGGUAGUAGUAUGAGCAGCAGUAUCAGCGGCAGCAGCAGCAGCAGUAGUAUCAGCAGCAGCAGCGCAGCAGCAGCAGCGGUAGUAGUAUGA